GCCCCCAGAGGGCACCGCGGGACGCCGGAGGUGCCAUGGCCUCGAGGCUCCUGCACCGGCUGCGGCACGUCCUCGCCGGCGACGGCCCCGGCGGGGAGGCAGCGGCCGGCCCCGAGGCCGAGCAGUUCCCGGAGAGCUCGGAGCUGGAGGACGACGACGCCGAGGGCCUGUCGUCCCGCCUCAGCGGCACCCUUAGCUUCACCAGCGCCGAGGACGACGACGACAACGACGACGACGAGGACGAGGAUGAGGAGGCCAUCGCCGACCCGCUAGCUCCCGGGGACGAGGCAUCAGGAGAAGACGCAGAUCGCAGCCUCCCAGCUGAUGGCCAGCGGACUGGUCAGCAUCUGGCCAAGCAGUUGCAGGAUUUCUGGAAGAAGUCUCGGAACACCUUGGUUCCCCAGCGACUGCUCUUUGAGGUGACCAGCGCCAACGUGGUCAAGGACCCACCCUCCAAGUACGUGCUCUACACCCUCACCGUGACCGGCCCAGGGCCACCAGACCGCCAGCCGGCCCAGAUCUCUCGCCGCUACUCAGACUUUGAGCGACUCCACCGAAACCUGCAGCGGCAGUUCCGGGCCCCCAUGGCUGCUAUCUCCUUCCCCCGGAAGCGCCUGCGCCGGAAUUUUACUGCCGAGACCAUCGCCCGCCGCAGCCGGGCCUUUGAGCAGUUUCUGGGCCACCUGCAGGCAGUGCCAGAGCUGUGCCAUGCCCCAGACCUACAGGACUUCUUCGUGCUGCCAGAGCUGCGCCGGGCACAGAGCCUCACCUGCACGGGUCUUUAUCGCGAGGCUCUGGCACUCUGGACCAAUGCCUGGCAGCUGCAGGCCCAACUGGGCAACCCCUCUGGCCCAGAUCGGCCCCUGCUGACCCUUGCUGGACUGGCUGUGUGCCACCAAGAGCUGGAGGAUCCUGGGGAGGCCCGGGCCUGUUGUGAGAGAGCCCUGCAGCUGCUGGGAGACAAGAACCUCCACCCUUUCCUGGCACCCUUUCUGGAGGCCCACGUCCGGCUCUCCUGGCGCCUUGGCCUAGACAAGCGUCAAUCAGAGGCCCGGCUCCAGGGCCUGCAGGAGGCAGGCCUUACACCCAUGCCACCCCCCAGCCUCAAAGAACUGCUCAUCAAGGAGGUACUGGACUAACCCUGGCUUAGGCUGAGGGUCAGUACUCUCAAAUGGCAGGGGGAAGAUUGUGUUGUAGACACAGAGAAUAGCUGGGAGGCUGUAGGUGUUUGGGGGACCCUAAAAAUUCCACAAAGAGAUAGGGUGGCACAGUGAGGAGACUGCUUUCAGAACAAGGUUCAGCUGAG